UCAGUCGCCCGCCGGCCGCCGCGCGUACCCCGCAUGCGUUCAGACGCCGCGACAAAAUGCAAUUCGAAUACGAGCCGGAGACGCUCAUUGAAGCGGUGAAAAAACGCCCUGGCAUAUGGGACUUCGAGAACCGGGAUUACAGAUCCAAGUCGGCGCGACACACGCUGUGGCUGGAGGUCGUGCGAGAGGUAGCCGGGAAUGACGUCAACGUCACGAAGAGCGAGAUGCGAGAGUUGGAGCUUCAACUGCAAAAGAAAUGGAAAAGUAUACGAGACUGUUUCCAAAAAUACAUAACAAAUCCGAACAGAACAAAAAAGCCGUAUGUCUAUUGUCGCCAUUUAGAAUUCCUGCUAAAAAAUCAGUCUUUACCUUCACGCGACACGGGUGGGGGUAGCGACUCUGAAGAGGAUCCCGUUAAGAAGAAGAUAUGGAAACCGGUGAAGAAAUUGAAACUAACCAAAAUGAGUUCAGAUGAAGAGAACGACAACUAUAUGGAGGAUAUACAAUCAAACGACGGCAUAGAAUUGGAAGUGACGCCAUCGAAGCCUACUAUAAACGAAUUUGCGUUCGCAAACGUAUCGGAUAUAGCGAAUAAAAGCGAAAUCGACGAUCCGGACAAAAUGUUCCUUCUGUCCUUACUGCCGCAUUUGAAAGCCGUUCCAGAAGAAUUCCGCCUCAAUGUGAAAAUGGACAUGAUGCAAGUGUUGAGGAACGCAAGCUAUCACAUAGGGACCGAUCAUAAAAUAAUGUGAAUUGUUAUGUAAUUUUUUGUACAGUGGUUAUUAAGUAAAAAUUCAAUUUGUGGGUAUACUGCCUUUAACGGAAACAUUCCUUAAUAUAAGAGUACAAUGUUUAAA